GUCGCCAUCCACACCGACCGCCUCCCCAACCUCCCCGUUCUCCUCUUCUUCCUCUUCCUUCUCCUUUCUUCGUCAUCGGUUGCUGUCAAGAAAAGAGAGAGAGAGAGAGAGAGAGAGAGAUGGAUGUGGUGUUAUGCGACGAGCUGGUUCAGGAGAUCCUGCAGCGGCUGCCUCCCUCCUCCGCCCCGUCCGUUUCCCUCGUCUCCAAGCGCUGGCUCUCGCUCCUCCGCUCCUCCACCACAUCCCUCUCUCUCCGCAUCCCCCCAAAUAUAGUUACUGCCACUGAUGCUACUGCUGGUACUGGUAAUUCACCAUCGCUUUCCUCCAUCCUUGCCUACUACCCUUUCCUCACCAACCUCACCGUCAUCUCCGCUCGCGAGGACGCCGACGCCCUCCUCCUCUCCAUCGCCGCCGCCGCAUGCUCCCCCCGCCUCGCCAUCCUCCGCUUCCUCCCGGCCUCCCCCCUCUCCCCCUCCGCCCUCCACUCCUCAGCCGCCGCCUUCGCCAGCCUCACCUCCCUCCGGAUCGCCUCUCUCCUCCCCCUAUCCUUCUGCUGGCUCUCCUCCCUUCCCUCUCUCCGAUCGUUCUCCCUCGUCCGCUCACGCCCCAAACGCCUCCCCGGCUGUCGGCGAGAACCGCCAUGGCAAGAAGCGGAAGAGCCGUCGCCGCCGCCGGCUGAAGAGGACGAGGACGACGAUGUCGAUCAGUCGACGCCCGUGACGCUGCCGCUUGAGAGCCUAUCCUUGUCCGGCAUCUGCGCCGCCGACCGCGGUCUCUCCUGGUUGUGGCGCCGGUGCGCGGGACUCCGGUGGCUGCAGCUGCGCGCCUGCGAGGGGACCGGCGACGGCCCCUCAUCCCCAGCCUUCCCCCUCUGCCUCCCCGGCCUCCUCGGCCUCGAGCUCCGCACCUGCCGCGCGAUCGCCGACCGCGUCCUCCUCCAUGCCGCCGAACGCUGCCGUGCCCUCACCUCUUUCCUCCUCUACGACGGCGGCAGCCGCGACGCCCUCCGCCACUUCAUCCAUCGUCGCGGUGCCGCACUUCGUACCCUCGACCUCCGCCUCCCGCUCGACCUUCAUAACGACCACCUCUUCGCCAUCGCUGCCGACGACCACCGUGGCGGCACCGGCGCGCCCAGCGGGUCCGGCCACCAGCUCGCCGCCCUACGGCUGCAUAGCUGCUGCCUUGUCACGGGAGACGGGCUCCGCUCCCUCGCAUCGUCCCCGGCUGGUGCGGCGAUUGAGGAGCUCGCCCUGGUGAAUUGUGAUGUCGUGGAGCGGGAACCCGGCCUGCUCACCUUCCUCAGUCAGAGCAUGCAGCGGCUGCGGAGGCUGGACUUGUCCCACACUGAGACGCUGACCGAUAAGGAGGUGGGAUCGAUGCUUGCGUCUUGCAGGAAUCUGGUGGAGAUCAGAUUAAGAGGGUGCGGAGCACUGACGGGUGCUUCUUUGAUUUCCUUGCUUAAGCACUGCGGCCAGCAGUUGGAGGUGGUUGAUAUUACUCGGUGCCCGGGAAUCGUCAGUGAUGCUAUUGAACUACUCGUCAUGAAUGCUUGCCGAUUGAGUCAACUGAUGGUGGAGGAGAGCAAAGUCACUGAAGCUGCUAUGAUUUGGCUGUCUCGAAAAGCAAUUAAGAUAGGUUGAUCAUGUAGUUCAUAUAUCAACCGCAAAGAAGGUAUUACCAUUCAAAAGGGAUGGCACCCACAGAGAUGGACAACAUUAGCACUUCGAGGCAAAGAAGAUCAUCGAUCAAAGAGAGAGAGAGAGAGAGAGAGAGAGGAAAUUUUAAUGAUUUUGCAUGUUGAAAGACUCAGUCAGAUGUAAAACAGAGGCCAUGGUGUUGAGCCCCAUGACAUUGAUCAGAAGAAUCACAAAGACAUCUAGACCAAGUACAUUUCAGGUGCCAGAACUGUGCCUAGACACAUGGUAUGUUGGUACCUACCACAAUGCAAAGGGAAGAGGAGAGGAGGAAGGCAAAGAAGGAAAGAUUAGAGGAGGAGGUGGAGAAAAAGAAGGAGGCAGCAGCAAAUGCAGAGGAGGAGGAGAGGAGUAUUAAUUCUUACAAAUGGACUGGCGGGCCGAGAGUAGCAGCAGAUGGCGUGAGGAGAAUCAAGAGAGAGAUUAAUAAAAAUUUACUGGUCUUGAUGCAUGAUAAAAUAUAUAUGGAAUUGAGCAGCGAAAACCUCUGAAAUGUUUCAAUAUUGCACCUUGGACAUAUAAUAGUUCUGAAUCAAAUCUCUUUAGAAAGAUCUUUUGUUUCAUGGUAGCCUGCUCCAGUCCCCUUACGAAGCUUUCGUUAUUGGGGAAGUUUCCACCCCCUAAGUUUAUCCUAUUGGAUCACGACCAGUGAAGGCCACUUAAAACUGACGAGAGUCGAGGAGAGAGGUCUAAAAUGAAACAAUGGAUGACAAGAGAUUGUGGCCCCAGACAGAGGCUUGAACCCAGGUCAGGUGCCUUCUUGAUGGUGUCAUCCUGUGCCUCUGUAAAUGAGAAGUCCUAUGAAGUGACUUCCAUUACCUAACUAGCGGAGCACAUGGUACAUUAAUUUAUGGAGUAUUAAGCAAUGAAGACAUCAAUCCAAUUAUGGCCGUAUCAAUGUUCUUCUAUUUCAGAAGGCCUCACAAUUGGUUCGUCCAACUUUGUACAUCCACUUUCCUGGACAUGAGCUGAGUUGCAGGUAAAUCUCCGCUUUUGCCAAGGACCACAGAAAGAACAAGUCCAUGAUAUCAAUGGGAGCAAGGAUAAUUUGAGUUCUCAUGGGAGGCAGUGAAGAUGAUCACAACAAGUACAAGCUUGGAUUACAAAGCAGACUGUGCUAAAUAUCAUCUUUAGAUUAAAAGGCUCAGGAAAAAGACAUGCUGGUGAUGAACAAUAUCUAAUCACUGUUACAUCAGCCUUAACUGGUUGAUCAAACAUGAACCCGACCCGUUAAGGAUAAUAUAACAUUGUCGAUCCGUUGGGGUGACUUCAUCGAAGAUGGGAGGGUUAAUGGGGGGUGUGUUCUAGGGGACGCGAGCGUUGGAGAUUGUGAAGCGGACCAACUGGCCGGGGCUCCUGUGGAAGCGCAUCAAGCUCACGACCACCCACAAGAACAACGCCAAGAAGUGCCCUCCACCGUGUCUGGCAGAAUGAGUCAAUCUUGAGGGCUUGUGCUGAGCCACGACAAGAACCUACAGCAAGUACUGCAGUUGCAGUUGGAAGCAAACAGACCAGAUCUUCUUGUCUAUUAAUCCAUCAUAACCCAUAAGAAUCUUGCUUGACUGUACUAAUACUUAAUGCAAGUCAUGUCCUUCUUUGUGCAGUUUUGGAUCCAAGAUCAAAUAUUGGAUAUGAUACUGGUGUCCUAGAAUGUACUGUUAUUGCUCGAAUUUGGUUCUGAUGACCGAACGUGCAUGCAUCUAUGCAUCUUCUAUCUAAGUAAGUCGUGUUGUUGAUGUUGUAGACGCAGAAGCUAUAAUUGUCCCCUUAUCUGUUGUGUGAUUGCGUGGCUUGAGUGACAUUAUUAUCCCAACCUGCCCACGCUCUUCUAGAUUUUUGGUGCCUGUCUUUGUUUCUUGUUCUGCUCGAAUUCCCCAGUCAACGGGGUGGUUGGUCAAAAGCCUAUUUAUUAAAGCUUGAAGAAAUGGCGUGUUCCACCGUGCCGGCAGUCUUCCUUGAUCGAUGAUCGCCGAGAACAAAACCGAGUCAGCAGUCCAGUGCCACACUCAAGAUGUGUACUUCCUGUGGAGUUAUAUUUCAUGCUUGAUCCGGACAUGCAAGCAUUACGAACCACAGCUUCUUCCUUGGCGGGUGACAGAGACCAAAAGAGUGUUCAAAGAAGGGCACAGCGGGGGAGAGCUGUCAGUCAAGGAAUCAAAUGUGGAAAAAGAGGCUGCGGGGUUGCCGUCUCGAAAGAGUUCCCGAGGCUCUUCGAAUGGGCGAUGAUUCCAAAACCAAUCUCACAAGGAACUUCAUGAAUGUCUUGGCAAGCGUAAAUUGACAGGGAUAGCAAUCACUCUCUGUGCCCCCUACUUCUUCAUGUGCUGUGGAACGCAUGCAUGCAUGCAGCAUCAUUGGACUCGUCAAAGUUGUCGACGAAAUGACUACAAGAAACUUGGAGGAUCACAUCUCAGAAGGCUAAAGAUCCAUGAAAGAGCCUCAUUUGACAAGG